AUAAAGGCAGUAAGGGAUUUGAUUAAAAAUUAUUAAUUUUUGCGACAAAUAAACUAAAGAUAACUCUAAAUUGUUAAUAUAAUACAGCAAAAAGGUUUGUUUAUUUAUAACUCUUAAGGUGUGUAAAAAUUCUAAUUAAAACAUUUUCAUAGAAUAAAGUAGCCUAAAUCCAAAAUGAAAGAGUAGCAAUUUGGCAGUCAAUAGCAAAAAGACUUAAUAUAAUACUUAGAGUUGAAUUAGCAAGAAAGAAAACUAAACCAAUAAAAGCUGGAUAAGGCAUUAGAAGCUGCUAAGAAUAGCUAGUAUAUACAGUCUGCUAUUUUGUUAGAUUAGAAUAAUGAUUACGAAUAAAUGUUAAAUGGACUUUUACAUAAUUUUUAAAUAGAGAAGUAUGAAGUAGGUACUAACAUCAUCCCCUAAACAAUUGCUUAGAAUAAGUUUGUUUUUGUAAUUUAAGGCCAUUUGUUACUUAAAAUUCACUUUAAUGAAAGUUAAAACGAUACUAAGCUAAAUAAUAUUAAUGGGCUCCAAUAAUUAAGGAAAAAUAAUAGCUUAAAUAAUGAAUAAGAAUAGAUAUAAAUAGUAAGAGCUGGUGAAGUACUCAACCCCUAAUUAUCUUACUAGUAUCACUUUAGCUUAAAAGAGGCUAUAGCUAUGUAAACUAUGCAAAACAACAUGUAAUCAGAACAGUAAAACGGUAUAUCCUAAGAAGAUUUUAUAUACUUAGCUACAUUAAGUAGCGAUUAAUAUUCGCACUUACUUUCUAAGUUUGAGGAAAAAAAAAUGCAAUUACUGAUUGAUACUCUUAAUCAGAUUCCCUUUUUUGAAACUUUAAAUGAAGAUAAGCUCAGCUACAUAAUAAGUAUAUCUAAAAUUCAACAAUUUAGAAAAAGAACAAUAGUGUAUAAAGAGGGUAGUGUUGCUUUAGAUGUAUUUGCUGUUUUAUAUGGAGAUUUUCUGAUAACAAGAAAGGAGGAAGGACAAGAGCAAGAAAUAGAAAACCAAAAAGACUAAAGCCCAAAUCCAAAAUAAAAUAAUGGGAACGAUGUUAAACAAGCUAAAAGAAAAAUUAUUGAUAGAAUCCAGAGGAACUAAAUGUUUGGCGAAGAGGAUAUCUUAUAUUCCUAAAAGAGAAUAAAUACUGCUUCUUGCUCAAGUGAAUAAGGACUAGUUUUAAGAAUACCAAAAUAGAUAUAUUGCAAUUUGUUUGAUAUAAGUAAAUUAAAAUCUAAAUCUCAAGAUAGCGUUCAUAAUGAUGAGUCUCCUUCUCUUUAAACUGCUGACUUUUUCGUUAGAUAAAAUUUUACAAAUACAAAUACAAGAAAUAUCGAAUAAAGUUAAUAGCCAUAAACAAAUCAAAUCACAGAUUUAUAGGGAUCUUAGUUAAUUUUCUCACAAAAGCCAUCAAAUAGAUAGUUUACAAAAUUACAGAUUAGUUAAAUGCAAAAUAAUAGCGCAACUAUUACUCAGUUUUCUAAGACUAAUAAAUAGCUUCUCAACAUUUUAAAUAAUAAACUCUAACACUAAUCAAGUGGAAGCCAACAAAAUUAAUCUAAUGGGCUAAGCACAAAUAAGCAAAGCGAGGAUAGUGGAUCAGCUUCUAAUAAAAAUGCUAGAAACUUUCAUCUUUAACAAUUUAGCAGUGCAAAUUUUAGUUAAGGCUAAUUAAGUAAUAGCAGCUCUAAAUGCUUCUCUCCAAUUGUAUCAAAUUGUGAUGUAAACGAACAUACCCCUUCAAAAAUAAAGCUUAGCUAAUUUAGAGUUAAGAAAUAUUAAAGUGAAAGAUCUAUUAGUAUGGCUAAAUAAAGUAAUUAAGAUAAAAUAGAAGACUCUGAUAGCUAGGCUAUUAACAAAAAUGUUUAAGAUAAGCUAAACUUACAAAGCUUUACGAAUAAAUUUAAUGAAAUACAAGAUGUUAAAAAUUCUUUUAGAUUUUAAUCCACAAAUAAGAACAGUUCUCCAGUAGUCGCUCAAUAAGGAUUUUAGCUAAAAUUAAACUCUGGUAUUCUCUAAAAGCACUAAAAAAAUAUAUCAUCAAGACAUUCCGACAUUGUUCUUGCAUCUCAUGAGCUAUAACAAAGCUCAUCAUCUUAAAGAGGAUGCUAAAGUCCUGAAAAAACAAGUUUUAGUCCUGCUAAUCCUAUGAGAAGAACAUUUUUGAUAGAUUAAAAUAAAGGAACAAUAAUAAAAAAGAGAGGUCUGAAUGGUAUUUAGUUUGCUAGCUAAGUUAAUUUAUAAAAACCUAGCACUUUAAAUGAAUUUGAUGAUUAAAAAUUUAAUAAAUAAGCAUCAGAUGAAUUUAAUUACCCUAAUUCUGAUGGAAUUGAAGGUGACACUUAAAAAAAUUAAGGAAGAUCCCCUAUUUAAACAUUUUCAAUAGCUACCAAGCAAUCAUGUGAUAAUCUAUUUUCGAAAGCUUAAAUAUGCAAUGAAAGCUCUCCUAACGUAAGCGUUACAGAUGCUCUCAGAAAAUCUAAAAUAUAAUUCCAAUAUCGCAAGAAACCAUCUUCCGUAGCUGUAGGUUCUUGCAGCGACUUUUAGUCACUUAAAAAUAUUGAUGCUGAUUAGUUCUCUAAAGAAAUUUAAACAAAUAUAAAUACACAACUUUCUAACAAAUUUAUAGGAAAAAAUUCCUCAGCAAUAUUUUUUUCAAAUAAUUUUGAAAAAUCUCCUUUAUCUUCAUAGCAAAAUUUGCCAUCUUGGAAAUCAACAGCUAAUACAAAACUAUAAAUGAACUUCAGCAAUUAAACUUCUCCCAAAAAAAAUUUUAUACUAAAAAAGUCAUAGAUAUUAACUUAAUCAAACAAUGGAUCCAUGCAAUAAAUUCCCUCUAUUCAUAAUUUUAUAAAUAAUCAAGAGAUUGAUUCUUAAAAAAAAUAAAAUGAAGUUAAUUCUUAAUCAAGCAGACUUGAAGAUAGUAAUGAUUCAUCAUUUAUGAUUUAUGAUGAUUAUGCUAGCCACUUAGCAAGCUUGAAAUAAAAUAUUGAGGAAUCUCCACAAAAUCAGCAAACAAAUGAAAAUGAAAAUAAAUAAUAAAAAUCAAAAAAACCCAAACCAUCAAUACCCUUAUUAGAUUUAAAAAGUAUUACCUAAAAUCAAUAAGUCAAUAAUUUUUUUAAUAACAUUCCAAAUUAGUAAAACUAGUAAUAAAAUUAGAAUUAAAAAUCUACUGAACAAAAUGUUAACAAAUUUUAAGACAGUAAAUUAAUAAUAGAUUAAAAGCAAAACAUCACAGAAUAAUCAAAUUAAAUAAACUAAGGAAAUAACUAAUAGAAAUAAUUAACGUCUAAUAAUUAAAGACCAUCUACGCCUUCUAUAAAAAAAUUAGAUUUAAGUAAUUUAAAUGAAUAAUUAAAAAAAUAGACUCCAAUAAAUGUGUAAAAAGAAGAAGGCUUUACUGAGAUAACUUAAUCUAGAUUAAUACUUCCAUCUUUCAAUUAAAACAUAAAUUCAAACUACAAUCCUUAAGAAAAUAAAACUCCUCAAAGUACUAAAUUCGAUUUUUUCAGCCCAUGUAAAAUCCAAGAUGAUAUAAAAGUUUUUGAAAAAAACAUUUUCCAAACAGCUUAAUAAGCAUAAAAUAAUACAUUCUUCUCAAAUCAACCCAAUUAAUACGGUCAUAAUAAAUCAAAAUAAACCAUUUAAAAUAUUAACUCUUUAUACUAAGGUCUGCUUACUAGUUAAAAUUUUAAGAAAUAAUCCUUGUAAAGCAAUUCUAGAAAAAAUACAAUAAACUUGAAAGAAUUGUCAUGA